AAAUCACACUACUCGAGCCAGUUGUAAGUCGUAAAAACUCACAAUGGCUUGUACGAAUGUCACUGUUAAAUCCGAUAGUAAUGAAAAUAAAGUAGAUAAGACAACGUCUAAGAGUAUCAAACAGUACAUAAGACAAUACUGCGAAAACUCCAGUAUCCAAGGAUUAUUUUAUUUUUCAACAGAAUCAUCUUUCCUUGAAGGAUGCUGGUGGACCAUCGUUUUCAUAUUAUGCCUAAGCGGGUGCUUUGUCAUGAUAAAAGAGAUCGUCGAUAAAUGGAACAAUUCCCCUGUUCUUUUCUCUCUUGCAACUAUUGAGACACCUAUUUUCAAGGUACCUUUCCCAGCUGUUUCCAUCUGUCCAGAGACGAAGAUUUCGAAGAGGUGCUUGAACUAUUCCAAAGUACUCAGGUUCAGGAAUAAUGGGAGCCUAGAAAGCAUAUCCGAACAGGAGAUGAAUUACUUUGACCAUAUGGCACCGCUUUGUAGGCUAGAAAAUCAUAUUAAUUCGAGCCAGGAUCGAGAUUUAGACGAUUAUAUUUCCUUUCUCGAUAAGUGUAAAAGUGUCAAUCUGCAACAGGCAUUCUGUGAGUGGAAGGGAAAAAUAGUAAACUGUUCAAAAAUUCUACACCCACUUAUCACUGACGAUGGUCUUUGUUAUUCAUUCAAUAUGUUGAACAUAAGGGAUAUCUACAGUGAUGUAAACCAGAUGGAUUACUACCAAGAACAUAAAAAGCAUUCAAUAUGGAAUGUAGAGAGUGGUUACCCCGCCAAUAAAACGACUAAUAUUUUUCCACGACGUAUCUUUGGAAUUGGAGCCAUGAACUCCCUAGUUGUUACUUUUUUCACCAAAAAAUCCGAUGUAUACGCCUCCUGUCAAGAUUUUUCACUGCAAGGUCUAAAGGUCUCCAUUCAUCUUCCUUCAACAAUUCCUCGACCUAACCAAGUGUCAUUCACUGCCGGAUUCGAUGAAGUCUCUUCAGUUGCCAUCAAAGUAGAUAUGACGACAACUACGAAAGAGGUCAAAAAUUACAGUCCUGCAAAAAGAAAAUGCUAUUUCAGGGAAGAAAGAAAGCUUAAGUACUUUAAAUUUUACAGUCAGAGCAACUGUGAUAUGGAGUGUUGGACGAAUUAUACCAUACAAGAAUGUGGUUGUGUACAUUUUUACAUGCCGAGAGAUAAAAACACAACUAUUUGUAAACUUUCGGAGGUACAGUGUCUACAUAAUGCUCAAGAUUCCUAUGCUUUAUCUAUUUUUCCAAUGGAAUACCGUCAUGGUGAGAUAACGAAAGGAAAGCUUGAUAAGAAUUGUAACUGUCUACCUUCUUGUGCUGAUAUCAACUAUUUGACAGAGAUUUCGAAGAGCAAAUGGAGUUGGGGAAAUGCCCAAGGAAUUCAUGCUAGAUACUUCAAAAAAUACUCCAAAGAGUAUCAUGCCUCAGCUGUAAGAGUGUUUUUCAAGACUUCGCAAUUUUUUGCAACAGAAAAGAGUGAAUUAUAUGGGGCUACUUCUUUUUUAUCCAAUGCUGGAGGAAUUUUAGGACUUUUUCUUGGAUUCUCGUCCGUAUCAUUAGUAGAACUAAUUUAUUUCUCAUCUAUCAAACUUAUAGAGAACAGGAGAAAGUAUGGAACAGUAUUUGGCAAUUGGAAGCAACAGAAAUGAUUUUUUUUGUUGAACUCUACGAAAAAUAUUCUGAAUUUACAAUUUCACUUCCAUAAAUA